GCUGCCUCAGCCGCCAUCUUGUUCACUCAGAAGUGCGGCGGCUGGGUCAGAAUCCUUAGCGAGCUAGUGGCUUCGACGGUGUGGAGCCACCAUGCCCUCCUCGUCGCUGCGGGUGGCAGUAGUGUGCUCCAGUAACCAGAACCAGAGCAUGGAGGCGCACUACAUCCUCAGCAAGCAAGGAUUCAGCGUCCGGUCCUUUGGAACAGGGACUCACGUGAAGCUGCCAGGGCCAGCACCUGACAAGCCAAAUAUUUACGAUUUCAAAACUACGUAUGAUCAGAUGUACAACGAUCUUCUCAGGAAAGACAAAGACCUCUACACGCAGAAUGGCAUCUUACAUAUGUUGGAUCGAAAUAAGAGAAUCAAGCCCCGGCCCGAAAGGUUCCAGAACUGCAAAGAUCUGUUCGAUCUGAUCCUUACCUGUGAGGAGAGAGUGUAUGACCAGGUGGUGGAAGACCUGAAUUUCAGAGAAGAGGAGACGUGCCAGCCAGUGCAUGUGAUCAACGUGGACAUCCAGGAUAACCUCGAGGAGGCCGCCGCGGGGGCGUUUCUCAUCUGUGAACUCUGCCAGGGCAUCCAGCACAGCGAGGACAUGGAGAACGAGAUCGAGGAUUUGCUGCAAGAGUUGGAGAAGAAGAGCGGACGGGACUUCCUGCACACAGUCUGUUUCUACUGACUGGGUUAGCUGAGGCCGUCUUAGCUUCCUGUUACUAUCCCCCCCCCCCCCGCCUUGUUUUUACUUUUAGGCAUUAUGCUGGUGGAAGGUAGUUUUACCCAAAUAAACUCUACAUGUGAAACGAUAAGUUAAGCAUAACUGUUAUAGGCAUGUGCAAGUUCUCUAUUCCACUUUCUCUUAUGAUUGGGAUAUUGAUCUUAAGGUGUUUUUCCUUUAACCCAAAAAGCAAAAUGGCUAGAGUACAUUCCCUCCAUUCAUGUGCUUUUGCUCUCCGCCUCACCCUCAGCUCCCAGCUCCAUCCUGGCUGGAAUGUACAAUCCUGAAUACAAGGGGACUGUACCUUACUAGGAAGGAACUUGCAAUUAUCCACUAAAGUGUUACUGCUAUUAAAUAAAUGUCCAUCAACAGAUGAAUGGAUAAAUACAAAUAAUGGGAUGUUCUUCAGACUUUAAAAAGGAAAUUCUGCAGUGCACCCUACAUAAUAUGGAUGAACUUUGAAGACAUUAUGCUAAGUGAAAUAGACAAGUCACAGAAAUACAAAUACAGCAUAACUCCACUUACAUGAGGUAUCUAAAACAAUGAAAUCCAUAGACUCAAAAGAGUGGAGAGAUGGUUCCAGGGGCUGAAGGAAAGGCGAAUGGGGAGUUACAAAUUAAUGGCCAUAAAGUUGCAUUAUGCAAUUGAGUAUAUUCUAGAGAUCUGCUAUACAACAUUGUAUCUUUAGACAACAGUACAGUAUUGUACAGGUAAAAAUUUAAGAGGAUAGAUUUCAUGUUAAGUUGCCUUACAAUAAAAUUUGAAAGGA